CAUGGGAUAUGAUAUGAGCGCUUGUAGGAUUACCAAACAAACAAAGAAAGACGCUCUUUUCUCGUGUGAAGUGAUCCUCCGGUUUCAGAUCGUGAGCUCGACAAGAGACUAUAGGAUCAGCUCUAGGUUCUUGCUGAAGUAGAUCUCAGUAUUUUGUUGGUCCAGGAAGUGAUUGAUACUCAAGAAGUGAUUGAUAUGUCGAGUUCCAAGGAAGAAAAAGCUCAGGCUGCAGCUGAAAAGAUCAAGGCUGCCGCUCUAACUGCUGCGAAAGGCCUGAGCCGUGCCCAAGCUGAACGUGCUGCCACUGCUGCAGCACGGAACGUGAAUGCCUACGGGCAAAAGGAAGAAGGCCCGAGCAGAUGGCAGGAGAAACGGGAAGCAAAGAGGCAGAUGUAUUUGAUGAGUACGGAGAAGGCUGUGAGAUUGGGAGAAAGGAAAGACAAGUCAGGUCCGUCUGCUAUUGGACGCUCUGCUUCACAAUGCCAGAAAUGCUUCCAAACCGGACACUGGACGUACGAGUGCAAGAACGAAAGAGUCUACAUCUCCCGGCCCUCCAGAACCCAGCAACUUAAAAACCCUAAACUGAGAAUGAGGCUCUCGAUCUCAUACGAACUGGAGGGUGGCAACCCAGAUGCUAAAACCGAUGGGGAAGAAGCUGAGAAGCGCUCCAAGAAGAACAAGAGAAAGCGCCGGUCAGAUUCUGAUUCGGGUAGUGACAGUGAAAAUGAUAGCGGGUCAUCAUCGGUUACUGGUUCCGAUACCUCGGGAGGUAGAAGCUCAGAUUACAGCUCAUAUUCUUCAGACUCGGAGGAAGAAAGGAGGAGGAAGAAGAAGAAGAAGAAGCAGAGAAAGGGAAGGCGCGGAAGAUACAGCUCGUCGUCAUCUGAGGCAUCGGACUCUGAUUCUGAUGAUGAUGAUAGGAGCAGUAAAAGGAAGAGCAAGAGGCACAGCCGAUACCGUUGAAAUCUCUGUCCCAAGAGAGAGAUUAGCGUAUCCUUUUGAGUUUUGAGCUCUGCUAAUUCUUGCUCUUGUGCUGUAAUAAACUCUUGUUGUUGUGAGUGUGACAGCAGAGAGAUCAACUGCUCCAGCUGUUUUGUUCCUCAAGCUUCGGCAUUUGAAGUUAAAAUUGUUCUUUUUUUUUAAAAGUUUUUUCUUAAUAUAAUAAUAAUUGUUUUUAAUGUA